GGAAUAGGGAGACAACUCUGAAUUUAAUAUUGAACCUAUCCUAUGUAUAGACAUCUAUUUGAUCUAUAUUAGAUCUUAUAGGUCUAAUUAUAGUCUAAUAAUAACAGAUCUAGAUCUAUAAAUCUAUAUAGAUCUAGGCUAGUUCUAGAAAUGGCAUCCAAAAAAAUUAUUUCUUGGCCAAAAAUAUUUCUGUUUGGUGAUUCUAUAACUCAGUUUUGUUUUAGUAAAGAUGGAUGUUGGGGCACAAUGCUUGCUGACUAUUACCAAAGGAGGUGUGAUCUUAUGGUCCGAGGAUUCUCUGGUUAUAACACCAGGUGGUGUAAUAUUAUUCUCCCAUCCAUACUAGAUGCUGACAUUGCCAAAGAGACUGUUGCCUUCACUGUGUUUCUGGGUGCCAAUGACUCAAAUGAUGCAUCGCUGAACCCGAGACAACAUGUGCCCUUGGCUGAGUUUGAACAGAAUUUGAAAAACAUAGUCACUUUUGCUAUGUCUCAAGGUAUCUCAAGGGAAAAGAUAAUUUUAAUCUCCCCUCCUGCCUUCAAUGCAGAGGCCUGGUCUAAAGUCUGUUUAGAAAGAGGUAAGCCACUAAGCAAAGAUAAUGACACUACAGGUGUUUAUGCUCAGGCCUGCUGUAAGGUUGCAGAUGAAAUGGGAACAAAGAAAGUGGACCUCUAUAGUGCCAUGAUGAGAAGCAUGGAUUUUACUUUGUACUUAAAUGAUGGACUUCACUUGUCUGGGAAAGGAUCAGAGCUUCUGUUUGAUCUCCUUCAGCCACUUCUGAAACAGCUGACCUCUGACGUGCCUGAAGUCUGGUUUCCUGCCUAUGACCAAGUGGACCUGGAAAAUGUGGACCAGAGUUUGCUGGAUGUCUAAGUGUUGAUUUUAUAUGUGUGUGUGCUCACGAACCAUCUGACCUUUCUCAAAUUGGACUUUGGUUGAAUUGGUGUGGCAGUAUUAACAUAUACACAGACUGAGGCAAAGCAUUUCUUUCCUUGUAAAUGCAAACUAGAAAUGUCACUUUAUAGCUAAGGUGUAUAGUCAUUGUCUUAAUGGUUACCAUUAAUGUUUUAUUGGUCAAAAUCUACUUAAAUUUAAUUAAUAAUUAAAUACAAAUAUUUGACUUUGUAAGAAUUUUCUUUCUUUUAUUCUUUUAAGAUUUUAAAAUUCUCAAAAUAACCAGAUUUAUUUCUUUACUUCAAUUCAAUUAUGCUUUUCACUUUUUCAUCCGUCAGCUGUGUUGUGCUUUUUUUUAGUUCUGCAAGUAAAACACAAUUUUUUAAAAAAGUUUUGUUAACUAAUAAUAAACUUGGGAACAGAUAUAGCAGAUACAUUUUUUUUAAAAGUUCAUCUGUUUAGCUUGGUUGCAUUAAGCAGCAAUGCAAGUAUGCAUUUCUUUGAUGUUGUUUAUUAGUUUUUAAUUAUAUUCAAAGCAGAAUGAAAAAUGGAGAUUUAUAUAAGGUUUAAAAUAAUUUCAUUUUUUUUUCUUCAACCUUUCUUAAUACACAAUGUUUUUUUUUAAAGAAGAAAUAAUUGUGAAGUUAGUACAUGUUAUAAAGUACGGGAUGUUUGUUUAGGAUGCUGAGUGUUGUAUAUGAAGAAUCAUAUUUGAUGGUCUCCUUCAGUUGGGCAACGACUACCGAUCAUCUCAUGGAAAUAGCCUUAUGGUGAGGUUGCCCAUAAAGCAGCUUCUCCCCCUCUCCACGUUGCUGAUCUAUGUGAUUUGUACUAUUGAUCCAGUUCAGUUGGAUUUAAAAUGGAAGAUAUUAAGUUUUGUGUUCAGUGAUGAAAGCUCUAGAUUUAAGACUGUGUUAACUUCUGAAACUUAGCUUAGUAGAUCUUACAUCAUCUGGAUGUUUUUGUUGAACCAUAAUGUUUGUCAAAAUCGGACACAUUCCAGUAAGGCUGGUAAGUAAGUUAGCAUUUUCAUUACUAAUACAGCAGCCUUCUUUAACAUCUAUGUACAUUAAUUGUUAUGUAAAAAAAGUAUUUUUUUACAUGUGUAAUGUUGUCUACAAUAUAUAAGUUUGUAUGCAUUCAGUUUAAUUCACUAAAUUCUCAAGAAACUCUAUUAUAUACAAUAACAACUAUUAUGCUGUUAUUUUAGAUUUGCCAUUACAGAUUUAUAUAUCUGAUGGUAGAUGGCCAUGACAUUUUGUCAAUGUUGUUAUCAUUGUUGAUGUUUUGACUUUUGAGCUCAAAGUAAAUCACAUGUUUGCACAUUUUGAUUGAUUUCAAUAUAAAUAUUAACAACUUUUAUUAGGACUAGAAACCUACUGCUAUGAAGCUGCUUUUUAAAAAUUCAUUUUCUUAUAUUAAUGCUACAUGCUAUGGUUUAUAGAUUCCAGUCUGUCUACUGAUGUGUUCAGUGUAUCAGCUUGCUACAACAAUUCAGACAUAAGAGCAGUGAAAAUCUUCAACUUUUGUAUUUUAAAUCAUAUACUGAGUAUUAAAAAGAAGUUCUUUUACUGAUCUCACCAAGUACCGGACUAUUAUAAACAAAUUAGUGACAGGAUUUCAAAGAAAAUGAAAACCAAAAUAAAGUAUAAUAUUUGUUUUUUUUACAUCUCAAAUACUUUUUUCUGUUACUGUUUAUCAAGAUGUAUUACUGAUGAAACAAAAUAAUAAUAAUCUUUUUUUCUAUAAAUGCAUUAUUCUUAGACAUUUUCAGUUUGUUUUAUUUUUACACUCACUUUCAAAUGGAGACCUAUUUGUGUAAGUGUAAUUGUUACAUUGUAGAAAAGGAUUACACAUACCAGUACUUCAGAAUGUUAAAAGGCUGAGUUUGUUUUUCUACUGAAUUAUUAGUGCCACCAUUCUCUAACACAGCUCUCUUACAUUGUCCUAGUCAACACCAAUCAUGCCAAAAUUUAGCUAGCUCUUCUCAGAGACUUCUGUUACUGUAGCUAGCUCUUCUCAGAGACUUCUGUUACUGUAGCUAGCACUUCUCAGAGACUUCUGUUACUGUAGCUAGUCAGAGACUUCUGUUACUGUAGCUAGCUCUUCUCAGAGACUUCUGUUACUGUAGCUAGCUCUUCUCAGAGACUUCUGUUACUGUAGCUAGCUCUUCUCAGAGACUUCUGUUACUGUAGCUAGCACUUCUCAGAGACUUCUGUUACUGUAGCUAGUCAGAGACUUCUGUUACUGUAGCUAGCUCUUCUCAGAGACUUCUGUUACUGUAGCUAGCUCUUCUCAGAGACUUCUGUUACUGUAGCUAGUCAGAGACUUCUGUUACUGUAGCUAGCUCUUCUCAGAGACUUCUGUUACUGUAGCUAGCUCUUCUCAGAGACUUCUGUUACUGUUGCUAGCACUUCUCAGAGACUUCUGUUACUGUAGUUAGCUCUUCUCAGAGACUUCUGUUACUGUAGCUAGCUCUUCUCAGAGACUUCUGUUACUGUUUUUUUUUUGUCUUAGAUUAUGGAUAUUUUGAGCUAGUCCAAUCCUAUUUAUGGAAUGUACAUUUCUGUUUGACGAUCACCCAAAGUAAUUAUCUGAGAAGUGUUUUUGGUUGAAUUUGUCCAUGAUUUUAGAAUACCAGCAAUCAUUACAAUGAUCCGUAGAGCUAUACUUUUACCCCCAGCUCACCCUUCUUGAUCUGUACAUCACCAGUGAAAAAUUCAGGUAAAAGAUUAUCAUCUAGAUCUAAAAAUAUCUGGCAUUGGAACUUUAAAGAUAGAAACACAAUAAACUAGAAACACUUUUUUUUGUUUCGUUUUUUUACACAGAAGCCAACAGUUGAGUUGUAGUUUUACAAGAACACAAUGAUUGCCAACUAGUUGACUUUAAAAACAUCAGCAUUUCCUACUGGCCUAGAUGGAAUCCCCUUCGUCUCAUCCUUCUUACUGUUGUUAUACUAUAUAAAAAAAAAGUUUUUCUUACACAACACUAAUGUAUUCUAUGCCUAACAAUGUGAACAACAAACAUUACUACCAAGGAAGCUCCUACACAAAUGUUUCCCUAUUAAGUGUGAUUCAUUUGGGGUUAAUGGGAGGAAAAUGACAUUAGAGGGCCUUAGAAAUUAUUUUUUUUUUGUUCAUUAAAUUUUUUUUGUAGUAAGAUAUUGUCUUACACUAAAUUGUAAUUCUAACAUAAUUUCUGGAAGUCGCCUAUACUAAGCACAUGUAUAUAACCUAUCAAUAUUUAGUCCAUUAAUGUAUACAAUAUAGGGAAGGAAUCUUUAUAUGCUUGGAGAAUGUCGUAGAACUUUGAACUAUCUCUAAGUUUCCUGUCUGGAUGUUUUUGACCCGUGUAAGUCUCCACUGGGUUGAAUCUCGAGCUGACUCUCGCCAAGACAUAAUGGGGCAUCUUCCUGAGGCUGACAGCUGUUUGAGUCGUCACAGUUUUCUAUUUGUUUCAACCCUUCGGAGACC